AUGGAAAAAUGGAGUCCCAAGGCCAACAUGUGUGUCAGCGCACUCCAGGAUCAGCUGCAGGAAGCUGUGGGAACCAGCAGCUUCUCUGAGUUCACCGUGGUGAAGGAGAUUUCUGCAGCCAAGAUCGACCCGGCCGCACCGCUGGACAAAAGACUCCAGGAUCAGCUGCAGGAAGCUGUGGGAACCAGCAGCUUCUCUGAGUUCACCGUGGUGAAGGAGAUUUCUGCAGCCAAGAUCGACCCGGCCGCACCGCUGGACAAAGUCUGUCUGAUCGGCUGCGCCAUCUGCACCGGCUACGGAGCGGCCGUCAAUACCGCCAAGGUGGAACCGGGCUCCAGCUGCGCCGUGUUCGGUCUGGGAGCCGUGGGUUUGGCUGCYGUCAUGGGCUGCAAGGCGGCAGGAGCCAGCAGGAUCAUCGCCGUCGACAUCAACCCGGAGAAGUUUGAGAAAGCCAAGGUGUUGGGAGCCACUGAUGUGGUGAACCCCAACGACCACAGCAGACCCAUCCAGCAGCUGCUGCAGGAGAUGACUGGCGGCGGAGUGGACUUCUCCUUCGAAUGCAUCGGGAAUGUGGAGGUCAUGAGCAGCGCCUUGGAGUCAUGCGCCCCCGGCUGGGGGGUCAGCGUGAUCGCCGGCUGGACGGACAUGGAGAAAUUCAGCGCCCCGCCCAUCCACCUCAUGACUGGACGGAAAUGGACGGGAACUCUGUUUGGAGGGUUUAAAGGGAAGGACGGCGUUCCUCAGAUGGUGAGACCCGCCCGGACCGGACCGGACCGGACCGUACCGGGCCCGUUCCGACCCGCCCGGACCGGACUGGACCCGCUACGCUCGGACCGGACCCGCUCCUACCCGCCCGGACCGGACCGGACUGGACCCGCCCUGCAUGACAGCUGCAGGUUAAAGUCCUGCUCGUGUUCCAGGUUCCUUCGCUGCUGA